AGUUGCUACAUUGGCAACUUCUACAGCGGUCAGUUACAUUUAAAAUCUAUUAAUUUGGACAACCUAAAUAGUUUGGGAUAGAAGUUACUUUCUGAUAUUUAUUGACUCCGAAUUAAUAUAUACAAUUGUAUGUUUAUAGCCAAAUAGUAAAUCAUCUGAAUUGUUUGGUUUGAUAUUAAUCAUUGGGGAAUAAAAAUUAUAGGUAAGUAGUAUUGAAAAAAGCCUGGUUACUGUUCAUAAAUUGACAAUGAAAUUUCGAGAUCGUGAAUAGCGUGCUCAUGUAAGGCAAAUCGUUCUUCUAUAGGUUCUGCCAAAAUAUAAUUGUUGGCCUUUUCGUAUUAAAGCCACCUAUUUUCUUUAUCUCAAUACAACAAUGGCGAUCAAUGCUUUAGUAUUGAAAUAUUUCGUGUCGUAUACUGUAUAAAAUUGUUGACUAAAUAUACUUCCUUCUGAUCAACGAUACUAGUUGAUGGGAAGUCUGUGCUCAAGUUAUAUCGAUAAGAGAUAUAUAUAUAUAUACAUAUACAUAUAUAUAUAUAUUAAAUAUGUAUAUAUAUAAUUUAUAUUGAAUUAUUACUAGGAAAAAAAACUACUAACGAAAAACAACAAUGGGAAAAUUUAUCAGUCGAUUCAGAAAGGAGGAACAGAAUACCCGGACACCACCUCCUAUCCUUCCAGACAGACCCAAUAAUUAUCAUCUACCACAAGUUGCGGCUCUGUAUAAUUAUCAAGCUCUUUGUACUGGAGAUUUGUCAUUUAAAAAAGGAGAUACGUUAGAAGUAAUCAUAAAGGAUGAUACAGAUUGGUGGCAUUGUAGGAAUAAGAGAACGAAGCAAGAAGGAAUUAUUCCCAGUAAUUACGUGGCUGAGAUACAAAGCUUGAACGUUAAAGAUUGGUAUUUCGGCGAUAUUACUAGGAUAAAAGCAGAACUAGAACUGAAGUCUCCUGGCAAUGAUUUCGGUUCAUACCUGAUAAGGGAUAGUGAGAGUUUGCCUGGAGGAUACGCUCUAUCCUUACUCGAUUAUGAUAAGACUAAAAGCGACAAAAUUGUUAAACACUAUAGGAUAAAAACACUCGAUAGAGGAGGUUUCUUUAUAACCCCUAGAACCACGUUCAAAACUCUAGAUCAGUUAGUCGCACACUAUACUACAGCAAAUGACGGGUUAUCUAGAAAACUGGCUCAAGCUUGCAAAAAAGAUGCACCUGUUACACACGAUUUGGACAGAGCAACGAAGGAUAAUUGGGAAGUGGAACGGAAGGAUGUCAUACUGGGCGAAAGGCUUGGCUCUGGUAUGUUUGGUGAGGUGAGAAAGGCGACGUAUAGAGGAAAAAUUGUUGCCGUAAAGACAUUAAAGGAGGGUACAAUGCCGAAAGAAAAAUUUAUGGAGGAGGCGAAUGCGAUGAAGAAUUUAAAACAUCCAAAUAUUGUAUCAUUGUUUGCAGUUUGUUCAAGGGAAGAGCCUAUAUAUAUCCUAACUGAGUUUAUGGACCACGGUAGUCUUCUUUCAUUCCUUAAAUGUAACAGAGGAAAAAAGCUAAAGGUCUUAGAGAGAAUUGAAAUGGGAGCUCAAAUAGCAAAUGGCAUGUCAUUUAUUGAAGGUAAAAAGUACUGUCAUAGGGAUUUGGCAGCGAGGAAUGUUCUAGUCAGUGGAAGAAAGUUAACAUGCAAGGUUGCAGAUUUUGGUUUGUCAAGAGCAAUAGAUAAUGAUGUAUAUGUAGCAGCUGCAGGUGCGAAAUUCCCAAUCAAAUGGACAGCUCCCGAGGCAAUUGCCUUUGGAAAAUUUACAAUUAAAUCGGACGUAUGGAGUUUCGGAAUAGUUUUGAUUGAAAUAUUUACACACGGAGCAUAUCCCUAUCCAGGUAUCAGCAACAACGGAAUUCUGAACCAAAUUGAAGCUGGAUAUAGGUUACCCAAACCGGAUAUUUGUCCUGUAGAUUUGUACGAAAGUGUAUUCCUUAAAUGUUGGGAAGCGAAUCCAGACGAUAGACCGACUUUUGAAUUUUUAGAAGAUUGGAUGUCAAAUUAUCAAGUAUCUUCUGAAACACAGUACCAGGAACAAUAA